GGAGGACGGGAUGAUUCUGAGCAUAGGCUGAGCUGCUUUUUUAUCUAGCCAGCAUGGAUUGUCUCUGCAUUGUUACAACUAAGAACAGGCCACCAGCAGUGCAGGGGUCCCCCAACAACAGCCAGCCCCCACCCUGCAUGAACUCAGCCUUGAUGAACGCACCCUGGCAAUACCACUAUCAGGAAGAUGACUCGCCGCCUCUUGACCAAGGUUUCCCACGGCUUACCAACGAGGUGCGCGCCCCUGAGCUCGUGCACGUGUCCGAGAAGAACCUCUCUGAGAUCGAGAAUGUGCACGGCUAUGUGUCCCACGCACACAUCUCUCCACUCAAGGCCAGCCCUGCUCCCAUCAUCGUCAACACAGACACGCUGGAGUCGGUUCCUUAUGUCAACGGCACAGAAAUUGAAUACGAGUUUGAGGAAAUCACCCUAGAGCGAGGUAACUCAGGAUUAGGCUUCAGCAUUGCUGGAGGGACAGAUAACCCACAUAUUGGUGAUGACCCGGGCAUCUUCAUCACCAAGAUCAUCCCUGGAGGAGCUGCAGCAGAGGAUGGACGCCUCAGAGUGAAUGACUGCAUCCUGCGGGUGAAUGAUGCAGACGUGUCUGAAGUCUCCCACAGUAAGGCCGUGGAAGCCCUGAAGGUUGCCGGUUCUAUAGUCCGGCUGUAUGUGAGGCGCCGCAGACCGAUGCUGGAGACCAUCAUCGAGAUCAAACUUAUCAAAGGACCAAAAGGGCUUGGCUUCAGCAUCGCAGGUGGAGUGGGGAACCAGCACAUCCCAGGUGACAACAGCAUUUAUGUCACCAAAAUCAUCGACGGCGGGGCGGCACAAAAGGACGGGCGGCUACACAUCGGAGACCGGUUGUUAAUGGUGAACAACUACAGUCUGGAGGAAGUGUCCCAUGAAGAGGCUGUGGCCAUUCUGAAGAACACGUCGGAUGUGGUUUACCUGAAGGUGGGGAAGCCCACUAAUGUCUACCUAUCAGAUCCCUAUGGGCCUCCUGAUAUCACUCACUCUUUCUCUCCGGCCAUGGAAAACCAUAUCUCUUCCCCUGUCAACAGCGGCACUCUGGAGUACAAGUCUAGUCUCCCCCCCAUUUCCCCGGGGAGUUAUUCCCCCCUCCCUAAGCACUUACUGGGGGAAGAGGAUAUAAACAGGUUGGAUGGUUUUUCCUUCUUACGAAAUCCCUCGUUAGAUGACGGUGAGGGUCACAGGUUUGAUUCUCAGCAUUUCCAGUUGAGGCCUCCUGAGCCAGUUUACAGCACUGUGAACAAACUUUGUGACAAAGCACCCUCCCCCCGACACUAUUCCCCAGUAGAGUGUGAAAAAAGCCUCCUCCACUCCGCCCCCCUCCCAAACUAUCACUUAGGCCUGUUCCCUGAGUCGGACAUCAACAGAGACCCCAGGAAGGUGGUGCUCCACAAAGGAUCCACGGGCCUGGGCUUCAACAUUGUGGGAGGCGAAGACGGCGAGGGCAUCUUUGUCUCCUUCAUCCUGGCGGGAGGGCCGGCUGACCUGAGCGGCGAGCUGAGGAGAGGAGACCAGAUCCUGUCGGUAAACGGCAUCGACCUGAGAGGAGCCACACACGAACAAGCAGCAGCGGCGCUGAAAGGAGCCGGUCAGGUGGUCACCAUCUUUGCCCAGUACAGGCCAGAAGAACUUGCUCUAUGCUCCCCGAGGAGGGCCCACUCUCCUGCACCAGAGUACGGGCGUUUUGAGGCCAAAAUCCACGACCUGCGGGAGCAGAUGAUGAACCACAGUAUGAGCUCUGGCUCAGGAUCCCUGCGAACUAAUCAGAAGAGAUCGCUCUACGUGAGGGCUCUGUUUGACUACGAGAGGUCAAAGGACAGCGGCCUGCCCAGCCAAGGGCUCAGUUUCAGGUACGGGGACAUCCUCCACGUCAUCAACGCCUCCGAUGACGAGUGGUGGCAAGCCCGCCGUGUCACGCCACACGGUGACAGUGAGGAAAUGGGCGUCAUUCCGAGUAAAAGGCGGGUGGAGAGGAAAGAGCGGGCGCGUCUGAAGACGGUGAAGUUCAACGCCAAACCGGGGUCAUUUGACUCCAAAGGGUCAUUCAAUGACAAACGUAAAAAGAAUUUCAUCUUUACGCGAAAGUUCCCUUUCUACAAGAACAAAGAGGGAGAGCAGGAUGGCAGUGAUUCGGACCGAAGUCAAGAUGAUGUCAUCAUCUCAUAUGAGCCUGUGAUGAGGCAAGAAAUCGAUUACGCCCGGCCCGUCAUCAUCCUCGGACCGAUGAAGGACAGAAUCAACGACGAUCUGAUCUCUGAGUUCCCAGACAAGUUUGGCUCCUGUGUGCCGCAUACCACCCGACCAAAGAGGGACUACGAGGUGGACGGCCGGGACUACCACUUCGUAAACUCCAGAGAGCAGAUGGAGAGGGACAUCCAAGAGCACAAGUUCAUCGAGGCGGGACAGUACAACGAUAAUCUGUACGGGACGAGUGUCCAGUCUGUCAAAUACGUGGCAGAAAGGGGUAAGCACUGCAUCCUGGACGUGUCUGGAAACGCCAUCAAACGACUUCAAGUAGCACAACUUUAUCCCAUCGCCAUCUUCAUCAAACCCAAAUCUAUUGAUUCAUUAAUGAACAUGAAUAAGAGACUGACAGAGGAACAAGCCAAGAAGACCUUUGACAGAGCGAUGAAGCUGGAGCAGGAGUUUGGAGAAUACUUCACAGCUCUGGUUCAAGGAGACACCUUAGAGGACAUUUAUAACUACUGCAAACAGGUCAUAGAGGAACAUUCAGGACCGUAUAUCUGGAUCCCCUCAAAGGAGAAACUAUAAUAACUCAUCACCAUGGAGCCAGGGUGGACUGAGAGAAGCAGGAAGCAGUUGUAACAUACGGCACGUGUACGGCGGUGAAUAGUCCUCAGAAAUAUUUAUUGUGAAUAUGUUUGUUUCUUUUGUUGUCCUUUGGUUAUUGCUUCAUUUUUCACUCAACAUGAUUAAUUCCUGUGAAUAUGUUUGAUUCCUUUUUUCUGUCUUUUCUUUGGCUUCAUUUUUCACUCUCUAUGAAUGUUCCUGAAUGUAAACCACAAAGUGUUUGAAGUUUCAGCUCUUGGAACACGAAGCGUUUGUAUAUUUCGUUGAUUCCGUUUGAACAGAAAAGGGAAAGUCCGUCAAAUUUCUGGAUUUUCUGGGCUGUCAGCACAGAGUGGAAAUCCAAACAGGGACCGGAGGGUUGCAGAUCAAAUGUAGAUUUCUUUGCUUCACUAACAAGGACAGAGAAUUUAGACUACAGCUACCUGUCUACAAUCUGCAGUUUUCAGCAAAUCAGCUUUUGUUUUUUUUUUGUUUUUUUGUUUGUUUUGUUUUUUGUUUUUGUCUGAUUUUGCUUCUGUGUAUCCUCAGAACACAAAACUUUGUUUUCUACAUCGUCAUUUCCUCCUUGAAUUUCUGUACUUAUUUCUCUGACAGUGUGUAAGGAAACGGUUUGAUUCUCUUGUAAAGUUUUUCAUGUUUUUUAUUUAUUUAAGCAGACAUUACUCAUGCACCUGCUGCAUUGACAAUGAUAAGUAAAGAGAGAGAGCUGCUAUAGGCAACAGAGAUGUAACAUUAUAUUUUGCUACUUAAACCGCUAGAGGGCACAAAAGCACAGAACUAUUUAUAACUGAAACUUUGAUUAAAAGGUUAUUUAAGGAGCAUUUUCUGUUUGACUGAUGUUGUGUCUGUGCUAGCAUGGAGGAAGGAUGGGUGUUAGAUUUAUUACUGAAACACAUUUUUAGCUUUUAGGAGCAGGACGGUAGUGAGGUGGGGAAAACAAUUCUUUUUACUAAAUGUGUGAUAAAUAUGUGAAAGAAAGGCAGGAAACCAGAGUGCAGAAGUUAGACAAUAAAGAGCACAGACUGCAGUGUUGGGUAUGAAUAUUGUGUUUGUGUUCAGGUGAUUUUGAAGCUUUACUUUGGCCAGACACUGAUUCAGAUGCCUUGUUCUCCUCAGGCAGACUCUUCCAAAGUCCUCUCAUGAAAAUAGUGAUAAUUCAUGAAAUUAAAGCCUGGGACGACCAAGCUCACAGUCUCACCCUAUGUUUGUGUAAAAUAGCUCUAGGACGACUCAGUGAGUGCGUUUACAUGGACCUGAGCGUCCUGGUUAGGAGUCUGGUCCUGCAAUGUUUACAUACACACAGAGAAACCCGGCCCACCACGUCCCUGCACACAUGAUCAAUACUUUUACCCUGCGUUCUGAUCGAUGCAUGCACCGGGACGUUUGUGCACCGAAAGCUCUGUUGGUAGGAACGACGUCUACGGGGUUGUCCAGACUCACUAAACUAUGUCAGAGAAAUCGGCGCCACAGGCAGAAUGUCAUUUUAAUGUCUGCAUGAUACCCAUAACGGCACCAGCUCCAUGCUGCAUAUCCCACACCAGAACUGUGAUAGACCACCAGGCCAGGGUCAACAGUCAGCUGAAUGAUGGGAGCAGUGAUCGAGGUCUAAUAUCUACUCUCAAAGCUACUCCAGAGGAAGGGGAAGUAACAGGAUAAGAGUAGGCGAUAGAUUAAUCAGCACGAGGACAGAGUUAGAGGAACUAGACUAAACUUAUCUGCCGCUAUGAAUGAUUUAGAAAGCUGGGUGAGAAAAUUAAACUGUUGGAGGUUAGUUUGACGUCCUCCUGUUGUUAAACUCUUGUUAAUGCCCAUCUAGUCUAACAUCCUAAUGCAGGGGUGUCAAACCCAAUCACAGAAGGGUCCGGAUUCUGAACUAAGGUCUAGCCUGAGGGUCUAACAGGGUCCACAUUUGACCAAACUGUUAAUCUCAUUCUGUCAAUCUCUCAAAUA